AUGAAUGUACCUUUAAUCAGUUCCCAAAAGAGUGGAUCUGUUCUUGGGGCAACCAAGGCAUCCUUCUUUGGACGGAGAAAACUGAGAGCGAGGAAGUAUACAGCACCAACCAGAACACGGUCUCUUUCUGUAUGUGCUGCAGCAACAGACCUAGACAGGCCUCUCUGGUUCCCAGGCAGCACCCCUCCUCCUUGGCUCGAUAGCAGCCUCCCCGGAGACUUUGGUUUUGAUCCUCUAGGUCUCGGAUCUGAUGCAGAGAAUCUGAGAUGGAACCAACAAGCAGAGCUUGUACACUGUAGAUGGGCUAUGUUAGGCGUUGCAGCAUGCAGAGUUCCUGAGAUGCUUGCAGUUGUGUUUUUCCUGAUAAGAAGGCUCUCCAGUUCAAUUCAUGUCUGUACAUUUCAGUUUAGUUCAGACUUGAGUUGUAAGUCUUGUGAAGUUUUGCUUGAAGGGCUGUGUUUUCUAAUGAGGUUCAGAAGUUCUCUGGUUCAGCCCGGAAGAAUAGAGCAUGUGCAGUUAAACAAGAAGGACGGGGUGGCGAAGGUGACGGGGACGGCGCUAUGCGUGGCGGGGGCGACGGUGAUUACUCUGUAUCUGAGAACAUGUGCUGGUAUACAAUUCGCAAAUCAAAAUGAUGGCACAAGAAGUAGAGAUUGA